AUUGCUACGGAUGGCGAUUCCUUUGAGUAAGUCCUCAUCAAACGGCUUCUUGUGUUCGUGGCUGCUCCUGUCCAACUGACCUUUUCAGCAUCGUACGAACGUACCACCGGCUUCUGGCGGAAGACCCUGACCUCACGAUGCCCAUCGCGGCCAUCGAGGCGCUAAUCGAGGUGCUUGGCCAGUCGCAAGUCGCAACGGUCGCUGAGACUAUUGAUCUCGUCGAGACGCAGUCGGCCAAGCUGCAAUGCGCCGUCACCAACUCGAUCGCCCUUUCCCAUGGCACCCAUUUGUUCCGCCAGUACCUCGUCAUGUCGCUUAAGCAGCCCGGACCUGAAGGGAAGGAGACAAGCACUCAGAAGAACUUUGAUAUCGUGAGACAGCAUCUGCUACGAAAUGGGCGCCUAUUUGCCCAGCGGGCCAAGAAUGCAAGAGAGAGAAUCGCUGUGAAUGGCCGACGACACAUUCAUGACGGCGAGACCAUCCUGACAUAUGGAGGAUCGCGAGUCGUGGGUACUUUGCUGGGAAGAGCUGCUGAAAAGCACGAUUUUGGCCACUUUGUCGAUGAUCCGAUACGGUUCAAGGUCAUAUACGCUAUCGACCCAGCGCUUGAGACGGAGAGCAACAAGGUUAUUGCCGCUUUGCGUGCAAAAGGUGUACCGGUUGCCACCAUUCCCGCAACUGCCGUCUCCUACGCCAUGUCCAAGGUGGACAUGGUCAUUGUAGGAGCCGACGCCGUAACUGCCAAUGGCGGCAUCAUCGCCCGGCUGGGUACCUUCCAGAUUGCGCAGCUGGCCAAAGAGAACAAGAAGCAGUUUGUCGUUGCUGCGGAGCAACACAAAUUUGGCAAGACUUUUCCUUGUGGUCAGUUCGACUACGGCUUCGAUCAAGGCGUAAUCGACUUUCGAGCUGGCAGCACCAGCACUUCUUAUAACAAGAUACCCAAGGAAACCCUAGCGAAACCUAUUGACUAUACGAAACCUGACUACGUCAAUAUGUUCAUUGCAGACCACAAGGUCCUGACGCCAUCUGAAGUGGCUAAGGAGGUGAUUGAUAUGCUUCUCUGAAGGCAAAACGGCAUCUUUUGGCGUACAGGGUAAUGGGAGGGGGGGAACUCGGACCGGCGAAACCCCGUCGGUGUUAUUCUCGAGGCAUUCUACAAUCUGGUAGCAUUUGAAGGCGUUGUUGGAAAGGUUUCGACGUGAUAUUACAGCAACCGAGAGGCACAGCGAGGUCAUGAUGUGAGCGGAAGUAUGGCACUUGAAACAUGACAAUGCGGUGGAUG